UAAAAAUUCGAAUCACAACACAACCUUCCCUCCCUUGGAUUUGAACGAAACAAAGGAAGGAAAGCAUCAGUGAACCACUGAAACCCUAAACGCAUCAGCCUCAGCUGUCGUUGCCGUCGAACCAGUGAGGUAGCACUGCUGUUGCAGGAACACCACCAGGCCGCCGUCACAACUUGGCCUCUGAACCACGCAGAGUGAAGAAAAAGACCCUGCGAAACCCUUGCAAGCAGUGAGUGAAAGAGUAAAGUUUCGAAAAUGAGGGAGGAAGAGAUGGAGAAGCUUCGAGGAGUGGUGCGGGACUGCGUGAGCAAGCACCUCUACUCCUCCGCCAUCUUCUUCGCCGACAAGGUGGCCGCCUUCACCGCCGACCCCGCCGACAUCUACAUGCAGGCCCAGGCCCUCUUCCUCGGCCGCCACUACCGCCGCGCCUUCCACCUCCUCAACGCCUCCAAAAUCGUCCUCACCGACCUCCGAUUCCGCUACCUCGCCGCCAAGUGCCUCGAGGAACUGAAGGAGUGGGAUCAGUGCCUGUCGAUGCUGGGUGAGGCUAAAGUGGACGACGAUGGAAAUGUUUAUGAUAUGAAGGACUCUAAUGUCAUGUACUUGGAUAAAGAUUGUGAAGAUCGUGAAAUCAAUAUAUCUUCUGCAAUAUGCUUCUUAAGAGGCAAAGCAUUUGAAGCACUAGAAAACCGUGCCCAGGCCAGACUGUGGUAUAAAGCUGCUAUAAAAGCGGAUCCUUUAUGCUAUGAGGCUUUGGAAUGCCUUAUUGAGAAUCACAUGCUUACAUGUGAGGAAGAAGCAAAUUUGAUCUCAUCAUUGCAAUUUGGUAGUGAGGAUGGAUGGCUCUAUUCAUUUUAUUCUUGUUUGAUAAAGAAGUAUGACAAAGAAAAUGUUGUAGAAGCCAAGUUCAGAGAUCUUGAGAAUGAAAGCUGUAAAAGUGACCAAUCAGAUUCUUCUUUCUUGCGCACACUGAAAUCUAACACUGAUCUAUUGGCCUGCAAAGCUGAAUACUACUAUCAGUGUGGUGAAUAUCAGAAAUGUUUUGAGUUAACUAAUGAUUUGCUUGAGAAGGAUCUUUUCCAUCUAAAGACUACGUUAGUACAUCUGGCAGCUGCUGUGGAGCUUGGGCAUUCAAAUGAACUCUAUCUGAUGUCAUGCAAUUUGGUGAAGGAUUAUCCUCAGAUGGCUUUAUCAUGGUUUGCUGUUGGUUGCUACUACUACAGUAUCAAGAAGUAUGAUCAAUCCCGCCGUUAUUUUAGCAAGGCAACUAGUCUAGAUGGAACAUUCCUCCCUGCAUGGAUAGGCUAUGGGAAUGCUUAUGCUGCUCAAGAAGAGGGUGAUCAGGCUAUGUCUGCUUACCGCACUGCAGCUAGAUUGUUUCCUGGGUGCCAUUUAGCAACUCUUUACAUUGGAAUGGAAUGCAUGCGGACCCACAGUUAUAAGCUUGCUGAGCAGUUUUUUACGCAGGCCAAGUCAAUUUGCCCCUCAGAUCCACUUGUGUAUAAUGAACUUGGAGUUGUUGCCUACCAUAUGGAAGAGUAUAAGAAAGCAGCGUGGUGGUUUGAGAAAACAUUAGCCUUGGUACCAACUACUUUAUCUGAAAUGUGGGAAUCAACUGUAGUCAAUCUUGCACAUGCAUACAGAAAGUUGACGAUGUACCAAGAUGCAAUUUCAUAUUAUGAGAAAGCACUUGCAUUAUCAACCAGAAGUGUGAGCACUUAUGCUGGUCUUGCAUAUACUUACCACUUACAGGAUGAUUUCACCACAGCAAUUUCAUAUUAUCACAAAGCCUUGUGGCUGAAACCAGAUGAUCAGUUCUGCACUGAAAUGUUAAGUUGGGCUCUAAUAGACGAAAGUCGAAGGGGCGUUGACCCAGUCUUGAAUUCCGGUGAAGUCUGAUUUGAAUAUGAUGGUGCAACCUCAUUUACUCUUGUAAUAUAUGUAUAAACAAUACAUUAGUGCCAAGCUAAUGCAUUGCCAAUGUUCAAUUGUUAAUCAUUAUAUCAUCAGUUGUAGAUAAUUUGUAUUUUUUAUAUGAUUAAAUGUGUGAUUUUAUAUUUUCAGCAAA